AUGGCAAGUGAAACUCCAGCAGAGGCAGCCCAGCCUAUCGAGUAUCAUGGCGAUUUUGAAAAGAUCCAACCUCAAUCCACAGCUUAUGUCAAGUGGGAUGUGAAGGGUGGUGGAGACCGUACCCAUGAGCCCAAUAUCAACACGGACUACAGCCUCGAAGGUUCUCCCAAUAUCCAAGGUGUAGAAAUCAAAUCCACCGUCCCUGUUAACUUGAUUUGCUGGUCAGGUGCUCCUGGAAGUGGCACUCCAAACAUUACAAUUCAGGGGCCUACCAAUGGCAAGCACAAGAUUGAUCCUAGAAGACUUGGGGGAUACCGCGUGGAACUCCGUUGA